UCCUUACUUGAACAGGCUUGAAACCUUUUUGACAGGAAACUGAGUACCUUACGUACAACAAGUACAGGGCCAACUCAAUUCGUCUCGGUGACCAGCCCCCAGCUACCUUCCCUGGCUCGGUGAGUUCAAGUGGGAAAAUUGGAAAAGAGGAUACCAAACACCAUGAGGGCCUAUGGUGAUCGUCGAACCCCUUCGUAAUGGAGCAGGCUGACGUCUCCCAAGGAGAAAGGGGCAACUACGAGUAGGGACAGCACCAAGGAAACUGUUCUUAACUAGAGGCAGUAUCGUCAUAGUAGCCCCAGUUGUCACCACGAGCCGUCCCGCUCACGACCCCCACACCUCGGUGAGCCCUCGGUCAGGAUCGAUCGGUCGGGAUGUCGAUGAGAUCGCCGCCGCGCCGAAAACUGUAGAACACCUCAACCCGCUGAAACACCAAGUUUUUGGAUCUUCCACCGUGAAAUGCAUGUUGAUGGCGUCGAGGUGGGAGGAAAGCAGGCGGUGGUGAUGUAAUUAGGUGCUCAUCCGCCCUAUUCUGAAGGCGAUAAUGUGGAGAGCUGAAGUCAUCCCGCAGUGGGUGUGCCGUCUGUGCUGGGGAGCAUUAUCUCCGACUUGGGUUGAUGUAAGAUGAGUUGAACAUGAUGUCAUGCGCCGAGAUGGUGUUUAAAGGAGAGCAUUUGGACGCUCGAUGAUUCGGAAGAAACAAAGACGAUCCAAUUCAAUCACGCACUUCAAUACCAAAACAAGCCUCAAAUUAUCCAAACGAAAUUUGGACAUUACAACAAACGAUCAUCAACCAACAACUUUACCAAAAACAAACAACCAUCAAAAUGUCUGCUCAGUACAACAAGGCCCCCAGCGCUGGCACCAAGGUCGAGCCCGGCUCCGCAGCUCCCACCCGCGGCGAAGCCACCGGCCCCGUUCCCUCAGGCUCCCUUGCAGCCGAGUCCGCCAGCCACGGCGGUGAAUUCGCCAAAAACCGCGGCGUCGAUGCUUCCAACCCCUCCUCAACCUCCAACACCUCUUCUUCCCAAACCGGCACCCGCGCUGCUCCCGGGUCCGGCUCCUCAUCGGUCCCCGGUCAGGCCGGCGAGGCGCCAACGUACGUGAACAACCAGUACAUCCGCGACCCUAACGGCCCGCACGGCAAGAACAUCACGGAGGGCUUCGACACGAAGAACACGCGUGAUGGCGUGCAGGCGGCUUUCAAUGCCGAGAUCGGCAGCGAGAACGACCCCAGCCGCGCGGCGGAGCAGGGCUUCCUGCAGAGCCAGACCAAGGCCGGCCGCGACGCCGGUCCCCGCCAGACCGAGGCCGGCGGGCAGACGGUGUACGAGAACUUGAAGAGCGAUGUCCAGGCGUAAAGAGAGGCUGGGGAUUUUGCGCGGAGGAGAAAUGUGUAACGACUUUGUAUGAAUAACAUUAAAAUACCCAAUGGGUGAUGU